UUUGGAAGAUGGGCGUGACAGUACACUUGAACUUGGUCUUUUGUUGUAAGAACUAGAAAAGCAGAAAGUACUUAAUUUCUGGGUUGCUGUACUAGCUGUGUUGUCAUGCAGAGAUCAAACAGUGAUCUUCAUCGUAUGGGAACAGUGUCUAGGAGCACCAGUGCUGGCUCCUGGGCUGGAUCUGAUGUGUCUCCUCUCAUGAAGUCCGAAUCUGUAGAGGAAGGUGUCGGGAUGGUGGGUGGGGCCAGACCAUCCGUACAGUUCUGUGUAGGGGACGGAGGAGGAGAUGCUGAUGACGAGGACUAUGGAGAGGAGGGCUUCGACCAGAAGGGCCUGACAAAGAAGGACAUCCAUACCCUCAAUGAGCAGAGGAGGAGAGAUGUUAUCAGGAAUGGAUACACACAAUUGUCCGAGAUGGUGCCCAGCUGUAGACCCUCCACAACAGGUGCUAAAGUCAGCAGAGCAGCACUGCUACAAAAGACUAUUGACUAUGUAAUAUACCUCCAAAAUCAAUCACGAAAGCAGGAAGAACAGCUUGAGAAUCUUGAAAAAGAAGUCAAGGCUCUCAAGAUCAUGAAAGAGAACUAUGAGCACAUAUCACGAGCCCAACAACACACAACUGGAGCAGAUAACUCAAAUGUUCCCGACCAUGUCAAGUUUUUAGUGUUUCAGAGUAUUUCUGACCAGCUGUUUCAGUCAUUCAACUCAUCAAUCAGUGUGACCAGCUUCGAAACUCUCUCUGCCUGUACCAUCUCUUGGUUGGAAGAAUACUGCAAACCUCAGAGUCUACGAGAACUUGUGAUCAGCAACCUACAAAGAGUGAAUGCUCUCAGCAGCCCUGGGAUGGCCUACCUCACAGGACCACACCCUCCUGGGCACACAAACUGACUCAUAUAUACAAUUUAGUAUUUAGUGCAUGUGUAUACGUGGUAAGUCCAUCUGAAUGUGUAUUACAUAAAUGUCUGAAUGAUAAUCGAGAUAAUAA